AUGUAUUUUUCCUUCUUAUCAAAUAAUAUCUAUACUAAUCUAUCUCAGUCUGUUCGUAUUUUGUCUGUAUUUUUUCAUUUUCGAUUCUUCCCUUAUUUUUUCUUUCCUCUUUUUUUCCUUUAUCUUUCAUCCUUCUUUUAUUUUUCCUUCCUUCUUUCUUUAUUUUCUUUUUUCAUUUCUUCCUUCUUUCUUUAUUUUUCCUUCCUUCUUUCUUUGUUUCCUUUUUUCUUCUUUCUUUAUUUUUUUUACAUUUUCUUUCCUUCUUUCUUUAUUUCCUUUUCUUUCCUUCUUUCUUUCUUUUCCUUUCCUUCUUUCUUUCUUUCUUUUUCUUUCCUUCUUUAUUUCUUUUUCCUUCUUUCCUUCUUUCUUUAUUUUUCCUUCCUUCUUUCUUUUUUCUUUUUCCUUCUUUCUUUAUUUAUUUACAUUUUCUUUCCUUCUUUCUUUAUUUCCUUUUCUUUCCUUCUUUCUUUCUUUUCUUUCCUUCUUUCUUUCUUUUUCCUUCCUUUCUUUAUUUCUUUUUCCUUCAUUCUUUCCUUCUUUCUUUAUUUUUCCUUCCUUCUUUCUUUAUUUCUUUUUCCUUCUUUCUUUAUUUAUUUACAUAAUCCUUCCUACUUUUUUAUUGCCUACUUCCUUCUUUCUUUAUUUCCUUUUUUUACUUCUUUCUUCCUUCCUUUCUUUCUUUCUUUUUUUUCUUUCUUUCUUUCUUUAUUUCCUUUUCCUACCUCCUUUCUUCUUUCUUUCUUUUUUCCUUCCUUCUUUCUUUAUUUCUUAUUGCGUUCUUUCUUUCAUGAUUUCUUUUUUCCUUCCUUCCUUUCCUUCUUUAAUUUUUUCCUUCUUUUUUUUUAUUUCCUAAUUCUUUCCUUCUUUCUUUAUUUCCCUUUUCCUACCUCCUUUCUUCUUUCUUUAUUUUUUCCUUCCGUCUUUCUUUAUUUUUUUUGUUAUUUUUUUCUCUUUCUUUCUUUCCUUUUUACUUUGAUUUUGGUUAGAAUUACUGAUUUAAAAAAAGAGUUAAAAAGAUUGUAUUUUCCAUCGAAAAACAAAUUAUCUAUCUAUCUAUCUAUCUAUCUAUCUAUCUAUCUAUCUAUCUAUCUAUUCUUCCAAAUAGAUCUGAACUCAUUCCUUGAGAUAGGAAACAAACCCUCUCUCUCUCUCACACUCUCUCUUUCUAUCUAUCUAUCUAUCUAUCUAUCUAUCUAUCUAUCUAUCUAUCUAUUAUAUGGUUUAAUAUAG